UUCCCAAAGCAAUAUUUGUAACAUGCCAUUUUUUUUUUUUACCAAUGGUCAAUUUAUGAGAAAUAAUGUUACUGAUAAGCUAGGCUUUUUUUUUUUUAAUGACAGCUGUGAGAUUGGCAGUUGUGUUUAACUCUGAAUUAGAAGCUGUUACACCGUUUCAUUUUUACAGUGAGGCUAUGUUGCAGGAUUGGAUACAAUUGGUCCCGAAGUGGGCAGCUGUGUGAUUCCACAUUAGGUCGCGGAGACUGCGGUUGUCAUUGAUCAAUUGAAGGAGCGGACGCCGAAGAGUAGACUUGAGAAAUGAUGUGUGAAGUGAUGCCGACUAUUAACGAAGACACCCCCAUGAGUCAGAGGGGCUCUCAGAGCAGCGGCUCGGAGUCGGACACCCACUUUGAGCAGCUGAUGGUGAACAUGCUGGAUGAGCGUGACCGGCUGCUGGACACCCUGCGAGAGACACAGGAGAGCCUGGGCCUGUCUCAGCAGAACCUCGAGGACGUGCUGUACGACCGGGACUCCCUGCAGCGCCAGCUCAACUCCGCCCUGCCUCAGGAGUUUGCUGCAUUAACAAAGGAGUUAAACUCAUGCAGGGAACAGUUGCUGGAAAAAGAAGAGGAGAUUUCAGAAUUGAAAGCCGAGAGGAACAACACCAGACUGCUGCUGGAGCAUUUGGAGUGCCUGGUUUCCAGACACGAGCGUUCGCUGCGGAUGACAGUCGUGAAGCGACAGGCCCAGUCACCUUCUGGGGUUUCCAGUGAAGUCGAGGUCCUCAAAGCUCUCAAGUCUCUGUUUGAACAUCACAAGGCUCUGGAUGAGAAGGUGAGGGAACGAUUGAGAGUCUCCUUGGAGAGAGUCUCUACUUUGGAAGAAGAAUUGACUGUAGCUAACCAAGAGAUUGUAGCUUUACGGGAGCAGAAUGCACACAUUCAGAGGAAAGUUGCAUCAGGGGACGGAACUGAAGCCGAGCUUCUUGAAGGAACUGAAGCCAGUCAGAAGGUCCAUGGAAAGCGCCUGUCGAACGGCUCCAUCGACUCUAUUGACGAGGCCAGCCAGGUGGUAGAGCUGCAGGAGCUCCUGGAGAAGCAGAACUAUGAGCUGGUGCAGAUGAAGGAGCGCAUGUCCUCCCUGUCUUCACGAGUCUCAGAAGUGGAGCUGGAGCUGGAGACUGCCAGGAAGGACCUGCUCAAGUCCGAGGAGAUGAGCAACAAAUACCAGAGGGACAACCGAGAGGCGCUGUGCCAGAAGGAGGACAUGGAGGAGAGGAUUACCACGCUGGAGAGGCGGUACCUCAGUGCCCAGAGAGAGUCCACCUCGGUGCACGACAUGAAUGACAAGUUAGAGAAUGAGCUGGCAAACAAGGAGGCCUUUCUGCGCCAGAUGGAGGAAAAGAACAGGCAGUUGCAGGAGCGCCUGGAGCUGGCUGAGCAGAAGCUGCAGCAGACCAUGAGGAAGGCAGAGACACUGCCUGAAGUGGAGGCUGAACUGGCUCAGAGGAUAGCAGCUCUCACAAAGUAUGAUCCAAGCUCUUCUACCUCAGCUGAUGAGUAUCAGUAUGUUAUGGAAGCUAGACUCCAAGAAAUGAACUCCAUACUUAGGAAGGCUGAGGAGAGGCACGGCAGCAUUGAGGAGCGGAUGAGGCACUUGGAAGGGCAGCUUGAGGAGAAGAACCAGGAGCUUCAAAGAGCCCGGCAACGAGAGAAAAUGAAUGAGGAGCACAAUAAGAGGCUGUCAGACACUGUGGACCGGCUCCUGACAGAGUCAAACGAGCGCCUUCAGCUCCACCUCAAAGAAAGAAUGGCUGCAUUAGAAGACAAGAAUGUUUUAAUACAGGACUCUGAAAACUUCAGGAAACAGCUUGAGGAUUCACUCCAUGAUAAGGACCAUCUUGCAGGGGAAAUAGAAAAGCUGAGAUCUGAACUUGAGCAGUUUAAGAUGAGAACAGGAUCCUUAAGUGAGACAACAUUUUCCAGGACUCAUCUGGACACGUCAGGGGAGCUGAGAUACUCAAUGGGUUCCCUUGCUGACAGCCAGUCCGAUCACUACAGGUCUGCCAAAGUAAUAAGGAGGCCUAGGAGGGGCCGUAUGGGUGUGCGGAUAGACGACCAGAAGGCCAAGUCACUUGGGGACCAUGAGUGGGGUCAGCCUCAGCAGAUCAGUGUCCUUGGGAGCCGCCCCUAUGAAAGCGACACUGAAAUGUCCGACAUCGACGACGAUGACAGAGAAACCAUCUUUAGCUCCAUGGACCUCCUCUCUCCUGGUGGACACUCUGAUGCCCAGACGCUUGCCAUGAUGCUUCAAGAACAGCUUGAUGCAAUCAACAGAGAGAUCCGUUUGAUCCAGGAAGAGAAGGAGUCGACGGAGCUGAGGGCGGAGGAGAUUGAAAGCCGAGUAGCCAGCGUCAGUUUGGAAGGCUUGAACUUGGCUCGAGUUCACGCAGAGACCUCAAUCACUGGCUCAGUCACCGCCUCCUCCCUGGCCAGCUCUUCACCGCCCAGCGGCCACUCCACACCCAAACUGACCGCCCGUAGCCCAGCCCGAGAAAUGGACCGCAUGGGGGUCAUGACCCUGCCCAGUGAUUUAAGGAAACACAGGAGAAAGAUUGCAGCAGUUGAUGAGGAUGGUCGAGAAGACAAGGCCACUAUAAAGUGUGAGACAUCUCCUCCUGCCACCCCCCGACAAGUCCGAAUGACGCACACACUGCCAUCGUCCCAUCACAACGAUGCCAAGGGUGUGUCUGCUACACUGGAAGCUGAAGCCACUGCACUCAGCAGUGUCACCAGCAGCCAAGACUCUCUUCACAAAGCUCCAAAGAAAAAAGGAAUCAAAUCAUCAAUAGGCCGCUUGUUUGGCAAGAAGGAGAAGGGAAGACUUGCGCAACUCCACAAAGAUUAUGGUGGACCAGGACAGGACUCGGAGCUUGGUGGACAGGAUGCUGUGGGAUUAGGAAAACUUGGGACCCAAGCAGAAAAAGACAGGAGGCUAAAGAAGAAGCACGAACUCCUAGAGGAAGCUCGCAGAAAGGGGUUACCUUUCGCACAGUGGGAUGGGCCCACUGUAGUGGCGUGGCUGGAGCUGUGGCUCGGGAUGCCAGCUUGGUACGUGGCAGCCUGCCGUGCCAAUGUGAAGAGUGGGGCCAUCAUGUCUGCUCUGUCUGACACGGAAAUCCAGAGGGAGAUCGGGAUCAGCAACCCCCUGCACCGACUCAAGCUCCGCCUGGCUAUCCAGGAAAUGGUCUCGCUCACCAGCCCCUCGGCCCCUCCCACAUCGAGAACACCGUCAGGCAAUGUAUGGGUGACCCACGAGGAAAUGGAAACUCUAACGGCUCCAACCAAAACGAAGGAGUCAGAGGAAGGCAGCUGGGCACAGACACUGGCCUAUGGUGAUAUGAAUCAUGAAUGGAUUGGAAAUGAGUGGCUUCCAAGCCUGGGACUGCCUCAGUACCGCAGUUACUUCAUGGAGUGCCUCGUGGACGCCAGAAUGCUGGACCACCUGACCAAGAAGGACCUCAGAGUCCAUCUUAAAAUGGUGGACAGCUUCCACAGGACAAGUCUACAGUACGGGAUCAUGUGCCUAAAGAAACUCAAUUAUGACAGGAAAGAACUGGAAAGGAGGAGAGAAUGCAGUCAACAUGAACUGAAAGAUGUGUUAGUGUGGAGCAAUGACCGUGUGCUUCGCUGGGUACAGAGUAUUGGACUACGGGAUUAUGCAAACAUCUUGUUAGAAAGUGGAGUCCAUGGGUCCCUGGUUGCCUUGGAUGACAAUUUUGACUACAGUAGUCUAGCACUGUUACUACAGAUCCCAAACCAGAACACUCAGGCACGACAACUUCUGGAGAGAGAGUACAACAACCUUCUGGCGCUCGGAACAGAGAGAAGACUUGAUGAAAAUGAUGACAAAAACUUCAGAGGAGGACCUUCUUGGAGAAGACAGUUCCACCCACGGGACAUCCAUGGAAUCAGCAUGAUGCCAGGCUCCUCCGAAACUCUGCCAGCAGGGUUCAGGCUGACCACCACAUCGAGACAGUCACACAACAUGUCAUCUGAAGUUGCCUCAUCAGCACUGCAGAGGUUGGACAGUUCAACAGUGAGGACGUAUUCAUGCUGAUUUGUUAAUGGAAGGAAAAUGACUCAAUGAUUGUUUCAGUAUAUCAAUGCUGCUGGUACCCAUGUACCUUCUGUGAUGAGGAUCCCUGAUGAGCCCCCUUUACCUGACCAACAUCAGCUAGAGUAAACCCGCAGGUCUCACAUGCUGCCCUGCUGAGCAGCGCUCCAAGACAGAACACCACGCUGUUUAUUACAGCCAGGUCUGUGCAACUGAGCACCAGGUAGAGGUGCUAAAAAUAAUAUCUAGAGCUGUCAAAUAUGUUGCAGUUUGUACUAGUUGAGUGUAUGUACAGUGUAUGUAUUUCUUUUACAAAAACAUGUGUAGGUCCUCUGUAAAUUAAUAUAAAUAUGGCUGUUUUUAUAUUUAAAAAAAAAAGAAAAAACUGGGUUUGUGUAAAUAUCCAGACAUAGUUUUCAUGUUCAAAGAUGCUGCUGUUUGUACCUUUUUCCAUGAUAUUACUUUUAAAAGGUUCCCCCCCUCCCAUUGUGCCCAGGUUUACAUGUCUAGCAGUGUUAGGGCCUUUGAGACAGACUCUAGGUUUUUAUUGGGUUUCUAAUCACAACCUGCCAUGUGGUGUACAGUCCUGUCAAUUUUGUCCCAUCUCUACUGGACAACCAGCAACUCGAGGGGAAACGUAACGCACAGCAAACCACUGUGAAGGCUACUGCUGCCACAAGCAGUUUUCAAUGGAGUUCCCCCUCAUUGGACUAUGCCAUGGAGUCUGGUGACUCAGGACCAGUGUCCCUGGAGAUCCAGAACCUUCAAUCAGAAUGAGUGAUUUAAGAGUAUAGUGUGCUGGAUCAGAGACUCGUCCUUCUUUCAGCUGAGCUGGCCUUUGUAUAGACUUCAACCUACUGAAGUCACUUUAUCAGAUGAAAUAGCUGAAAGACAGAAUACUGAACUAGUAGUGUAUACGAGUGUAUAAAAUAUAAUAGUUGAGGCAUUUUAAAGAAAAAAAAUCUGUUGCUUACUGUGACUUUUUUUUGGUUGCUAUAAUAAUUGUUUCUAUAGGAGAUUCUCAGAGUAAGAGCUGGUGAAUAACCUCCCUUCGAUAGUUGCUGAUUUAUUGCUGCCUGAUCUUAACCUGUCUUUUAUUUAUUUCAGUAAGGAGUUUGACCUGCUGGAUUUUUGUAAAUUUCUUUUUGCUUUAUUUGCAUGUACAGAAUCGUUUUUGUUUUAUUGUGUCCAUUUUAAAUGGACUUUUCUUUGGUAAAAAAAUUAAUGGUGAUCAAACAGUUUUUAUUGUCAAUAAUAAAAAGAAAAUGAUUGCGUGAAAUGUAUUCCUCACACAGCUUGCUGUUUAAAAAGUUGCAGUGACAAUAUUCACCAUAGGGAGGCACACUUAACCCACAAUGUCAAAAGCAGCUUGUGUUUAAUCUAGGAUUUAAAAAGGUAAGACAAAUAAGCAAAAAUGUAGUGCUGUAUUGUAUUGUCACAUGAAAAACAACCCCCCCCCCCCCCCCCCAGAGGUAACCCUACAAGACACUGAAAAGUGGAUCUCAGACCAGUACAGUGGUUAUACUAACACUGCUUUCACU